CAAACCGAUGACACGGAUGCCGAUUCUGCCCUUGGCGAUGGCGCUGAAUCAUCAACUGCUUCCAUCAGCUCCAGUAUCCUCCAAUAUAGAACUAUUCAUGGGCGAUCUUAUCACAGUGAGCAGGGCAAUGCCCAGUAUUGGGGUGCAAAUGAUGAAACUCAGAACGAGGUGAUGGACAUCAACCAUCACACUCUGACUCUCGGCAUUGGAGAAAAACUUCAUUUGGCGCCACUAGAUAAAGAGAAGCUUGAGUUCGUUGUCGAUAUUGGCACUGGAACAGGCAUCUGGGCCAUUGACUUCGCCGACGAGUAUCCCAACGCACGUGUUGUAGGAACAGACCUGUCUCCCAUCCAGCCAGGUUGGGUUCCUCCAAACCUACAAUUUGAGAUUGAAGACUGCACCCGCGAGUGGACAUUCAAGCCCGACUCGAUUGAUUAUAUCCACAUUAGAUGGCUGGUUGGUAGCAUCAAAGACUGGGGCGCUCUUUUCAGCGAGUCCUUUCGCUGCUGUAAGCCCGGGGGUUGGGUCGAGAGUUACGAGACUUCCUCCGCGAUCACGAGUGAUGACGAUACUGUCAAAGAUGAUUCUGCAAUGGGACAAUGGGGCAAGUUCUUUGUCGAAGGAGGUAAAAAGCUUGGCGCGACUUUUACUGUCGUAGAGGACGAUACUCAGAAGAAGGAGACGGAAAAGGCGGGCUUCGUUGAUAUCCACGAAUUUGAGUUCAAGUGUCCUGUCGGUGGAUGGCCAAAGGACCCCAGACUCAAGGAGAUGGGACGGUUCACUCAGUAUGGACUCGAGACCGACACUGAGGGCUUCGUUCUCUUCAUGGCUCACACUUUGGGCUGGAGCAAGGAAGAGAUCCAGGUGUACAUCUCUCAUCUCCGCCGCGAGAUGCGGGCAGGCAAGUCGCAUGCGUUCUACCGCCAGAAGGUGGUCUGGGGCCGGAAGCCAUCUGAAAAGGAGGCUCCCAAGUCGAGUGAUUAG